AUGUGGACGCAGGUGACGGCAGCGGCGGGAGGGCAGGGGAAGGACUCUCCAGGAGGAUCCGAGAGGCCGACUGAACAAACUCAGCGCUCCGCUCACUUUCAACUCCUCAGCAAUCCUCAAACAGAAACAAACCACCCCCUCCCUUUAACUUCCUGCUGGAUCAGUCGCCGUCCCGCUCCCAAAGACCCGCGAGCGUCCGGCAGCAGACAGCGAAAGUCCCGCAAGCAAUCGCAUUCCAGGAAAGAGAUGGGACUGUUGGAGGGAGGGGGAGGGUGCGGGCGGUGGGGGGGGUCUGUGGUGUAA